AUGGGUGGCGAGACACGGGUCCAAAAGGGCCCCCGGAGCGACUAUCCCCUCCGUGCCCCAAAGCCCGUGGGCCAGAUGAUAUCCAAGAUCUACAAAGAGCGCAUCAGCCAAUUCUACUCCAGCGGCCAAUAUGAGCACGAGAACCUUCGCGCCAUGAUGAACGAGGCCGUCGUCUCCGGCGAGCCCCACGUCCAGCUCUCGGUCUGGCACGCCCCGGACCUGACCCGGCCUACUUUCAAGAACGCCACGUCCCAAGAGUUCAAAAAGACCACCGUGGGAGAGUCGUUCGGCCCGUCAUGGUCGACUCACUGGUUCAAAGUUGUCCUGAGAGUCCCCAAAGAACUCCAGGAUAAGAGGCUCCUCGAACUUCAUUGGGACGCGAACAAUGAAGGUCUCGUCUGGAACGAGGACGGCCACCCACUUCAAGGCCUCACAGGCGGCGGUGAGCGCGUGGAAUGGGUCCUGCCAGACUCGUUCCGUGAUGGAAAGGACCACACCAUCUACAUCGAAAUGGCCUGCAAUGGCAUGUUUGGAAACGCACCCGGUGGAGAUGCCAACCAGCCGCCGAACCCAAACAAGCGCUAUCGCCUUGAUCGAGCUGAAAUCGUGGCCGUUGAUCCGGAUGCUCGCCAACUCUAUAUCGACAUCUGGAUCAUUGGCGAUGCUGCAAGGGAGUUCCCCGAAGACUCAUGGGAGCAGCACAAAGCGCUCAAGACUUGUAACGAAAUCAUUGACACCUUUGAGCUCGGUAAUAGAGAGUCGCUAAAGACGUGCCGCACCAUCGCUGAGGAAUACCUGGGAUCCGAUGUCAACUCGGCCAAGGUUUACGAUAGUGGCAAAGAACCGGUCGUCUUCGGCAUUGGGCACUGCCACAUCGACAGCUGCUGGUUAUGGCCUUUUGCUGAAACCAAGCGGAAGGUUGCCAGGUCGUGGUCCAGCCAGUGCGAUCUGAUUGACCGGUACCCCGAGCUCAACUUUGCUUGCUCUUCGGCUCAACAGUACAAGUGGCUCAAGCAGCUGUACCCCUCCGUCUUUGACCGCGUCAAGAAGAAGGUCGCCGAGGGCCGCUUCCACCCUAUUGGAGGCAGCUGGGUCGAGCACGACACUAACAUGCCGAGUGGUGAGUCGCUUGUCCGCCAGUUCCUGUAUGGCCAACGCUUCUUUGAGAGCAACUUUGGAAGCCGCUCUCAGACCUUUUGGCUACCCGACACUUUCGGGUACUCGAGCCAGCUGCCCCAGCUUUGCCGUUUGGCCGGCAUGACACGCUUCCUCACGCAGAAGCUCAGCUGGAACAAUAUCAACCGUUUCCCCCAUACCACCUUCAACUGGGUUGCCCUUGAUGGUUCCCAGGUCGUGUGCCACAUGCCUCCCUCCGAGACGUACACUGCCGAAGCCCACUUCGGCGACGUCAAGCGAAGCAUGUCGCAGCACAAGUCCCUAGACCAGGAUGCCACAUCACUGCUUGUCUUCGGCAAGGGCGAUGGAGGCGGCGGUCCUACCUGGCAGCACCUCGAGAAGCUUCGCCGGUGCCGUGGUCUCAGCGACAACGUCGGCCUCCUGCCUCGUGUUCACUUGGGCAACUCGGUCGACGACUUCUUCGACAAGCUUGAACGCAAGGCCGACUCCUUCGUGACAUGGUACGGCGAGCUGUACUUCGAGCUGCACCGCGGCACGUACACAACCCAGGCAAACAACAAGCGUAACAACCGCAAGUCCGAGGUCGUGCUUCGAGAGGUGGAAUUAUUGGCCACCAUUGCGUCAAUCAUAGAUAAGUCAUACAAGUAUCCAAAGGAGCAGAUCGAUGCCAUGUGGGAGCCGGUAUUGCUUUGCCAGUUCCAUGAUUGUCUCCCGGGCAGCUCCAUCGCAAUGGCCUACCGAGAGUCAGACGAGAUGUAUGCCGAGGUUUUCAAGACUGCCGAGAGCGUCCUGGAGGAUAUCGGAAAGGUUCUUGGUGUAUCCCAGGUCCAGACCACGACGAUUCGCGAUGGCUUCGCUCUAAACACGCUGCCGUGGCCUCGCAGGGAAAUUGUUGAUAUAUCGGAAACCGAGGCUGCUCUUGCUCGCGGGAAUGGCCCGCUGAUGAAACUGCGGGCUCUCCAGACGAACCAAGGCGACUCUCUCGUCUCUGUCAAGGAGGUCUCGACAGAUGUCUUUGUUCUCGAGAGUGACCAGCUCAGGGUCAGGGGGCAGAAGGCUAACCAGUACGUCAUCUUCGACGACAAGCCUUUGUACUGGCAAGCCUGGGACGUUGAGGUCUACCACCUCGAAACCCGCAAGCCCCUCCAUUCAGGCGAGACCAAGAUCCACGAGGAGAAGAAGCACCGUGUUAGUCUCAUUACCCACACCAAGAUCAGCGAAAAGUCGUCGAUCAAAACGAUUCUCACGCUCAAUGCCGCCAUCUCGGGCCAACAAUCCCAUGUCGAAGUUAGCAGCACCGUCGAGUGGCACGAAACCAUGAAGAUCUUGAAGGUUGAAUUCCCUGUCGACAUCCGCAACACUGAAGCCUCGUACGAGACGCAGUUCGGUGUCAUCCGCCGCCCGACCCACUACAACACCUCUUGGGACAUGGCCAAGUUCGAAGUCUGCUGUCACCGCUUCGCCGACUUGUCAGAGAAUGGCUACGGCGUGUCCAUCCUGAACGACACCAAAUACGGGUUUUCCACGGCCGGUAACGUCAUGCGCCUUUCGUUGCUGCGCAGCUCCAAAGCCCCCGAUGCCGACGCUGACAUGGGCACCCACCACAUCCGCUGGGCCAUCUUGCCGCACCAGGGCGCCUUGUCGCACGUCACUGUGCGAAGGGCUGCCGAGUUCAACAGCCCACUUAAACUCCUCUCUGCCCCGUCCCGCGAAGCGGGGCUGGUUGCCCUCUCGGAACCCCCCGUGUCUCUGACCUCGGACUCGAGCAAGGCGUUGGUUAUCGACACGGUCAAGCGCGGGGAGGACGACGAGGACGUGUCCCGCGGGGAGCUGCCCGUCAAGGAGGGGCGGAGUGUCAUUGUGCGGCUGUACGAUAGCCUGGGCGGCCGGGCGCGAGGCACCGUAAUCACGACGUGGGAUGUCACGCGGGUGACCAAGGUCAACUUGCUGGAGGACGAGCUGGAGGAGGUGGUCUUUGAGGGGGGCAAGUUCGCGGUGGAUUUGAGGCCGUUUGAGGUUGCCACUUACAAGUUGCAACUUGCGUAG